AUGAGCGGCUACAAUCACUACGCCAACUUCGGCGGUGGACAUUCGCAACACGUUGACGUCUUUGGUUCUUACCAGGAUCUCAUUGAUCCCAGUGGCCUGCCCACAAUCAGCCAUGCCCCGAUGCCAUCAUCCACGCCCGACCCUCCUCGAUCCAUACAGCCCAACGGCAACUACAACUUCUCCUACCCGGGCAUUUCGAACAUUCCGCAGACGAACCCUGGACAGUCGCCUUUCAAGGCUUCAGGACCGACAGCUCCCUUGGCGCCACUUAAAAAUGCACCGAAUGCAGUCAUGGUGAACUCGCCGCAUAUCAUGCCUCCAAACAUGCAGUCCCACGGAAGCGACUUUGUGCCUCAGAAACAAGCGACUCUAGCUCAUCAAUACAGCCAAGCCCAGCUCGGAAUGGUUUCGGGAAAAGAUGCAAACAUAGCUGGGGUUCCCUUCUUGCACAACCCAACGCAGAACAUGAUGAUCGAGCAAUACUACCCAACCAGCACGAACGGAAAAAGACUCCUAGACGCGCCUUCAAUCAAAGACAGUCGCCCCCAAAAACGUGCCAAACUGGAGAACCAACCACUUCCGCCCCCAGAAUCAUUCCCGCCUAUCGUCGACGAUGGUGUCAAGCCUAGCCACAGCUAUGCCAUGCUGAUCGGAAUGGCUAUCCUGCGCUCUCCGCACCGCCGACUAACCUUGGCCCAGAUCUACAAAUGGAUAACGACAAACUACCGUCACUACCGCGAAGCCGCUGAUAAUGGUUGGCAGAACAGUAUUCGUCACAAUCUGAGCUUGAACAAAAACUUCAUCAAGCACGAACGGCCCAAGGAUGAUCCUGGAAAGGGCAGUUACUGGGCCAUCAUGCCGGGAAUGGAACAUGUGUACAUGAAGGAGAAGCCAGGCCGCAAGUCCAUAUCGACGCCGGAAGGCAUGACAAUCAUCGGCACCGUAAUGGAGAACCAGAUACUACCCCAGUUUCCCAAGUCAGAACCGAAGCUACCUCCGCAGACAUGUUCGGAGUCUGCUGCGAAAGAGACUUCAACAGCCACGGCAUCGCAAUCUCACACUGCCCAACAGCCAGACCUUUCCUCGGACGCAACUAUCCCCCCGACUGAGGAGCCCCUGGAGAAGACCACCGAAGUUGAAGCUACCGUGGACUUGGGUUCCUUCUCUCCCAAUGCAGCCGACAUGAACUCGUCACCACCUCUACCAAAGCACUCUGAACCACGCGGCGAUACACCGCCGUCAAUGAUGCGGCGCGACUCAGCGACGCUGAAGUCGCAUCGGAGGCAGCGGCCUUCGAUGGAUGAUAGCGGAUACAUUUCCUCACUGGACUCAUCCAUCUUGCGACCACAACAACAAACACUCCUCAUGUCCGAGACUGAUCGGCUCGACAGGUCACGUAACAAGCGGAAAGGCGGACGGGCAGAGGAUGAGAUUAGGCGCCUGCGUGGUUCAUCCUUUGAUCCUAGCCCUACCAAGGGUCGUUCCCGCAACAACACAGCAUUUGGACCUCAGUCUUCCUCACCAGUCCGUAGACUGGCUGGUGAAGGUCAGAUGCUACCACCCCUGACUCCCGCAUAUAAGCUGGCUCCGCCUCCACAGAUGGCGCCACCGUCAGUCUCUCCCAACACCACGCUUCAGCAACAUCGUAGGGAUGUGGCUCGAAUGAUUGAGUCGCCUUUAAAGCGUGUAAUGGGCCUUGCCGGUGACUGCGGAUGGGCAACGCCGUCCAACGACAACAUUGAUGAGUCGGUGUAUACCGACAGCUACGACUUCAAUACUGGAUACGGCGGUGACUUUUACAUACUUCAAGAUGCAACACCAGGGGGUCUCUACUCGAUUGCGGAGGACGGAUCUCCCAUCAAGCGCAAGCGGUCGAUCAUGGAUUCAUCACCACUCAAGCGACCAGCAAAGAGGCAAGGACUGCCACGACCCAAGUCCACUGCAGUCCUCGGAGAUGUAACGCACUCGAACCAACAAUUAUCGCUCGCGCCAGCUCCCCUUCUUAAGAGCAAGCUGUCACCUGCGAAGUAUUUUGCGCUCAAGUCGCCAGGCAAAAAGAUGCAGGACCUUCCAUCAUCCCCAAGCAAGAUUCUUGCGGCAUCUCCUCUCAAGGUGACUCCUGCACUAAGCACAUUGGACAACGUCAAUGAUGAAAAUGCGGUGCCGAGCGUUGUCUUCGAAGAUUUUUGCUCAACGGAGCUGCUCGAGGAACCGAGCGAAUCGCACGACCUUGACAUAAUGAAGGGCUUCGAACGGAUUGGUCAUAACAUGGGGGCAGAUCCGGGAACUAUGCCAUUUGCCGUGGCGAAUUUCAAACCUGGCCUGGGGCGAAGCCAUACUAGCACAUUUUAG